UGGGCCCUGCUCUGUCAGCAUCUCAUCUCCAGCCAUGUCCAUCACACAACAUCCUGGACGUCGCAACCAUCGGCAGGGAAAACGAGUCGAAGCCUAGAUGAGCAUUCACCACUGUGCGUGAAGAACCGAUGCCCAGAGACCUAGUGACCCCUCUUGACCAUGGAGGAAUUCACGGGGUCUUUAUGAGAUAAAGGACACCACACCUGGAUUGUAAUUGUUAUUCUUGAGAAACACAACGCUUCCAAAAUGCCUUGGAAAUGGGGACUCUUGACGGUCUUAUUUCUCUUUGGUCUACAGGCCUUGGGAAUGCAAGAGAGAAGAAGAGGAGACUUCAGGGCACAGAGAGAGGCUGUCAACUCAAUGCAUUUGGUUCAGCUUUUGAGGACAACCAAACAGACGGCUAAUGUCCACACAGUCUUUGACUUGGAGAGACAACGAACAAAGAGGUCUGCAAUUUUCCACUCCGGGGUGAGAAUCUGUCCACAGGAAACCAUCAAUGAGGUCAUCGCCAGCCAUCAAGCUUACUACAAGCUAAGAGUUUGCCAGGAAGCAGUAUGGGAGGCUUUCAGGAUCUUCUUCGACAGGAUUCCUGCAACGACUGAGUACCAGAGAUGGGUGCACACAUGUCAACAUGACUCUGUCUGUAUCUCUGACCUAGCCAGGAACUUCAGCAACUCAGAAGAACACAUCAGUAUGGUUUACAGGAGGAUGAACGUUCAGGACCGGAGGCCAGUGCCACAAGAGGUGACUACGACUGCAGCACCAGACACAUCUGAGACUGCAGGUGCAACGGAGGCUGAAGUUGUGUCUGAACCGGACGAUCAUGUGACCAGCAGUGCUGUUCCCCCUGACACUCCCACUCCCACUCCUACAGUCCUGGAUGAAACCCAGGCCACUAAGGAGGACCCAGAGCUGCCCAACCUUGUGCCUGAACAGCCUGUUGAACAGAUCUUAGAGUUCAGCAUUGAGCUGGUGGACCCUGGCUACAGGGAGCUGCUGGAUGACCCCGACUCACUCCAGUACAUCGACCUGUCUCACCACCUGCAAGACCAGAUGAAACACGUUUUUGACAAACUUCCAGGAUUUAAGGAGAUCAACGUAUUGGGAAUCAGCGAGACCCAGGAUAGUGACGGACCUGGAGGUGUGUCAGUGCACUAUUCCUUGGUUUUCGAGACCAAUUCCCUCGACAUCAGUGCAGAUAGUUCUGAGGAGGCUACUGGGACACCAGUCUCUGCUGGACCUAGCCUGCAGGACGUGGUGACUAAGGCCCUGAGGGAAGAAGCCUCUUUACCCGUGGAUCUAGACUCACUGAAAUUUCAACCAGAAAAAGUCAUCCUACCAACUAUAGAAACAAUUCCCAUAACUGUGGGAUCAACAACUGUUGAAUCUAGUGAGCCAGAUUCACACAACGACCUUGAAAUAUCCACAGCUGAGCCAGAAGUCAACAUAGAAAAAAUACAUUUAGAGCUACCAUUCAGCCCUGUGGAGAAGGAGAAUGCUCUGGUCACGCUUCUGGAUCCCACAACUGAUCCUGGCGUGGACGAGGAAUCUGUCUCCUCCGAUGCAGCCCUGACAAUCAGCACUGCUCCACCCUCCAUCUCUGAGGACCUCGCUGGGUCUGAGGGAGGAGACGGGGAGAGCGAACCAGGACCAACAAGUGAGCCAGAAGAAGAGGUGCCGUUUAUCACGCACAUGAUCGAAACCAUUAAAGAGGGAAUUGGCGAGCUUGUGAGAGACUACAUCCCAACCCCACCCGCGACCUUUGUUGCUAAACUGGAAACCGAAUCUACGGAUGUCGACCUUUCUGCCAAUUUGAUAUCGGAAGAGGACCUUGCUCCCGUUGUUGACAGUGAGAGUGAUCCCAGUCCGGAAGUCAGUGUGGAGUUUGUGUCCACAGCAACUCCUCAGAGGCUGCUUACCACCAUGACCAUGAGCCCCUCUGCUGAAGAGGCUGAGGCAACACCUCCUGUGACCACUCUGUCGGCCAUUACAGAUCAGCCACCUACUGAAAUGAUUGGCGACCUUCAAGAAGAAGAAGUUCUUAAUGUAAUUCCCGGUGAAGAUGAGACAGAAUUGGUGUUGCCUAGUCCUGAUGGCAAAGGAUCCUCUGAAGAAGAACCUGGCGUAGAGGCUGAAGCUGACGUUCCUGAGCUUGUCGAAGUAGAAAUAGAGCCAGAAGAGGAAGUUGAGGUUGAGGUUAUAAAGCCUGAGGUUGAGGUUAUAGAGCCUGAGGUUGUGGUUAUAGAGCCUGAAGAGGAAGUUGAGGGUAUAGAGCCUGAGGUUGAGGUUAUAGAUCCGGAGGAUGAGGUUAUAGAGCCAGAAAUUGAGGUUAUAGAGCCAGAAGAGUGGGUUGAGAUUGAGGUUAUAGAGCUGGAAGAGGAAGUUGAGGUUAUAGAGCCAGAGGUUGAGGUUAUAGAGCCGGAGGUUGAGGUUAUAGAGCCAGAAGAGGAACCAGUGGUUGAGGUUAUAGAGCCAGAGGUUGAGGUUUUAGAGCCAGAAGAGGAAGUUGAGGUUACAGAGCCAGAAGAGGAAGUUGUGGUUAUAGAGCCGGAAGUUGUGGUUAUAGAGCCGGAAGUUGAGGUUAUAGAGCCAGAAGAGGAAGUUGAGAUUGAGGUUAUAGAGCCAAAGGUUGAGGUUAUAAAGCUGGACGAGAAAGUUGAGGUUAUAGAGCCAGAGGUUGAGGUUAUAGAGCCGGAAGUUGAGGUUAUAAAGCUGGAAGAGGAAAUUGAGGUUAUAGAGCCAGAGGUUGAGGUUAUAAAGCCAGAAGAGGAAGUUGUGGUUAUAGAACCGGAAGUUGAGGUUAUAGAGCAAGAAGAGGAAGUUAAGAUUGAGGUUAUAGAGCCAGAGGUUGAGGUUAUAAAGCUGGAAGAGGAAGUUGAGGUUAUAGAGCCAGAGGUUGAGGUUAUAAACGAAGAAGAGGAAGUUGUGGUUAUAGAGCCGGAAGUUGAGGUUAUAGAGCCAGAAAUUGAGGUUAUAAAGCCAGAAGAGGAAGUUGAGGUUGAGGUUAUAGAGCCGGAGGUUGAGGUUAUAGAGCCGGAGGAUGAGGUUAUAGAGCCAGAAAUUGAGGUUAUAGAGCCAGAAGAGGAAGUUGAGAUUGAGGUUAUAGAGCCGGAGGAUGAGGUUAUAGAGCCAGAAAUUGAGGUUAUAGAGCCAGUAGAGGAAGUUGAGAUUGAGGUUAUAGAGCCGGAGGUUGAGGUUAUAGAGCCGGAGGAUGAGGUUAUAGAGCCAGAAAUUGAGGUUAUAGAGCCAGAAGAGGAAGUUGAGAUUGAGGUUAUAGAGCCAGAGGUUGAGGUUAUAGAGCCAGAAGAGGAAGUUGAGGUUAUAGAACCUGAUGUUGAGGUUACAGAGCCGGAAGAGGAAGUUGAGGUUAUAGAAUCGGAGGUGGAGGUUAUAGAGACAGAGGAUGAGGUUAUAGAGGCAGAAGAGGAAGUUGAGGUUAUAGAACCUGAUGUUGAGGUUACAGAGCCGGAAGAGGAAGUUGAGGUUAUAGAGCCAGAAGAGGAAGUUAUAGAGCCGGAGGUUGAGGUUAUAGAGCCUGAGGUUGAGGUUAUUGAGCCGGAGGAGGAAGUUGAGAUUGAGGUUAUAGAGCCAGAGGUUGAGGUUAUAGAGCCGGAAGAGGAAGUUGAGAUUGAGGUUAUAGAGCCGGAGGGUGAGGUUAUAGAGCCGGAAGAGGAAGUUGAGAUUGAGGUUAAAGAGCCAGAGAUUGAGGUUAUAGAGCCGGAGGUUGAGGUCCCACAACCAGAAGCGGAGGUUAAAGCAAAGCCAGAUGAGGGGACAGACGAGACAGUAGCUGAGGUACUUCAGCUAGAGGAUGGAGAGGAGACAUCUGAGCCUGCAGUUACAGUUCCUAUAACUGAGCCAGAGGAAGAAAUUGGGGAGGACGUUUCUGAACCUGAAAUUCCCGAGCCAGAUGUUAAGGAUGAGGUUUCACUGUCAGUGGGGGAACUGGAGGCUGAAGUUGUAGAGACUGAAGAUGAAAGUAAAGAUGGGGGAGAGGUUAUUGUGCAGGCAGCUGAACCAGAGGCAGAACUAGAAGCAACAGAAGGUGCUCUAGAUGCAAGUGUGGACCUCAAACUUGUGGAGGAUGUUAGCGAGCCCCCAGCCGAAACUAUUAAAAUCAUUCAACCUGUGGACACAGUUGAGAACGUCCACUUUGGUGAGGAUGCUCUUCAGACAAUAGAAGACACGGAGACACAGGAAGCGAGAGGUGAGACGGCCCUCCUUCACCCCGUUGAGGAGGACGACAAUCUACCUGUUGGGCCAGGACAGAGAGAGUCUUUGGAAGAGGGAGAAUUUCAGCCAGAAUAUGUUGGCUAUGAGGAUCUCAGCCCUGUGGGGGACACAGAUGAUGUUGAAGUACCGGAAGAGACAGACACUGGUGACCUUCAGCCUGACGAGCAGCUGACUGCUCCACCAGUAACACAUGCUGCAGAGGUGACAGCGGCUGUGAAUCAGAACACAUCAGAGGACAGCGGUCCCGAAGAGACGGAAAAAAGCGAUUCAUCCACGAGUGAAGAGAUUUCUGUAACAGCUGGGUCCAUGCUAGAUACCAUUCCAACCCAACCAGCAGAUUCUGGCUCUGUACCUGAGAUACCCCCCACAGAGCCAUUCAUAGACAGCGGGCUCUUCGAGGUAGAUGAAGGGGAACCAAUCAGCGAGGAUGUGGAGGAUGAAGAGGCACUGCCACCUGGGGUGGUCGUUAUAGAUGAAGAACCAGAGGAAGUGGAAGAAGAGGAGGAGCAGGGAGAGGCAGGGGUUCAAACUACUGCACCACUAGCCCAAGCAGAAUCACCUCUCGCUGAGGUUGUACAAGACCUGGCCGCCGAACUACAAGACCUGGCUGCCGAACUAGACCAAAUGGAUGUGGUGAGCACAGAGACCGUCGACCUGCUGGACUAUGGUAGCGGAAACACGUUUGCUAACGAAGAGCAUCCUUUCGAGACCACGGCAUCGCCACCUCUGAGGUACCUGACCACACCUUCCAUGACGACCGCGAGUAAGGGCAGGGAGCUAGUGGUCUUCUUCAGCCUGCGGGUCACAAACAUGAGGUUCUCAGAUGACCUGUUCAACAAGACCUCCCCAGAGUACAGGUCCCUGGAGAGCACCUUCAUGGAACUGCUGAUACCAUAUCUUCAGUCAAAUCUGACGGGAUUCAAGAAACUGGAGAUUCUCAACUUCAGGAACGGCAGUGUUGUGGUCAACAGCAAGAUGAAAUUUUCCAAGUCAGUUCCUUACAAUGUCACCCAGGCUGUACACAUCGUUCUGGAGGACUUCUGCAGUGCCGCAGCCAAGCACGUGGACAUUGAAAUUGACAGCGGUUCACUGGACAUAGAGCCAGCUGACCAAGCAGAUCCCUGUAAGUUUUUGGCUUGCAAUGAGGUCUCGCGUUGUGUAGUAAACCGGUGGAGCAAGGAGGCGGAGUGUUUGUGUGACCCUGGCUACAUGACGGUGGACGGACUACCCUGUCAGAGCAUCUGUAUCCUGCAGCCAGACUACUGCCUCAAUGGGGGGGAGUGUGAGAUAGUCCCAGGUCAUGGAGCAGCUUGCAGCAGAUCCCCUGGAACCGGUUCCCUCCCUGGCCUGACAAGCUAGAUGGUGACACAACAGUCAACGCUGCUCCAGGAUAAGGUAUGACAGUUGCUGGAAGACCACGGGACAAACACAGAAGAGUUUACCUGAAGUCCAGUCAUGGAUCAUGUUGAGGACCGUGUGGAGAAGAGAAAGGCUGUCUGUUCCCAGUGACAGCCAGGUGACAUUCCUCAGCAUGGUCUCUGAGACUCCUGUCUCUGGGAACCAGAGCCGGGGUUUAACAGGGAAGGAGCCCAGACGUUUUCUGACAGAACACUUUCAGGCAAACUGUGUAUUCAUGGCCUGUCAUUUCCAUCUAUAGAUAAAGGACGCAAAAAUAAAUGGACAACUUACAUGAGUUUUGACAACAUCGAACAAGCUGUUAAAGCUUGUCAGUGCUCACUGGACUGCUAAUUGCAAUUCCUUUGUACAUAUGUGUGGAGAUCUAUUUUUGUGUAGUGGACAUCUUGGAAAAACAUGCAUAUAAAUAGAACUUUAGGCAAACUGAAAUGUUUUAUAUUGUAAGAAUGAGUUGGUGGUGUGUGUGUGUUAAACACGAAGCACAGCCCAUGUGUGGGUGAUGCAUAUGGUCACAUUUCCUGUCUGUACGCGUGCAGUAAUGGAUCUGAAGUACUCUCACGCUACUGCAUAUACGCGUGGGUUUUCACCAAACAACGGGCUUAUAUGAUGCUAUAGAGAUGUCACCCUGAAAUUUAAGUGUUUUGGUAGGAGAGUUAAGAGGCAGAGAGAAACAUGGAAUGCAUUUAUUUCAUCCGUUAGAUCAGCAUUAGAAAAGUGAAAAGGCAGUAUACAAGGAAUGAUUGUAAUUGCGUGUUGAGAUACAGAGCACAGAAAAGCCAGUCAUUUUGUUGUACGGUACAGGUGAUUCCAGGAAAUCCCUCAGUAGUACACUUCACUCUGUGUUUUCAAGUCAUACAUAAAUAAAUACUUACAGUAGGUCUUAACUGAAGACUUGCCUCAGACACAGCGGCGUAAGUGGAUAGAUCUCACGCAUUCAAACAACCAAAUCGCCUUUUCGCUUAAGCGUCAAAGGGAAUGAAAAGCUAGGGAACAUCACGACUAUCAGCCUUACCUGAAGACAGUAGUUCUAGUCUUAAAGGAGAUUGUCUCUUAAAAGCGUCGCUGUUUAUGACAAAGGACGUCCCUCUCCUCUUAGCUGUGUGUGUGACUAGAUUAUUGCUUAACUUUACAGCACGCAAAGAACCGUUUGAAUCCAACAGAGAUUUAUGUGCCCGAACCCUUGGAUGUUGGAGUAGAAAGAUUUUCUUUUUGAAAAUAAAAGUGUACAUUCCAUUAGAAACAUUACACUCUCUUUGUAUCAUACAAUAUAAAAUAUGUACUGUGUGUACGUGUCAAAUGAGAGGGUUUCCAUGAGAAUAGGCUACCUGUGUACUGAAUGCUGUUAGCUUCAUAGUCUCCCUAUUAGUUUACCAAUCUGUAAUUGGUAACAGCUCAUUUCUGCUCUCAAACACAUUUGGUCCAACUUAGUAACUGUUGAAUAUCUCAUGGUAUGCAUGAUUCACAUCUAGUAGUUCAACAUUCCAACAGUUAAGUCUGAUUAAUACACGUAAAUGCCAUUUGUGUUUAACAACAUUUGAAACCAAAUGUUGUGUAGAUUAUUCAAAAACAAUAGGCACAAUUAACUGUGACAACCAAACCCAAAUGGCAUUCCCAACUGGGUCAUGUACAGGGAACCUGCCAUUCUGUCUACACCUUUUUAAUUAGCAUGAAAAAUAUAAUCACACAUUGAAAAAAUAAGACAAAACCAACAAAUAAUGAAGACUGAAGGAACAAAUCAACUAAAUCAAAUUACAUUCGGUUUGAAAGACGAGGUAAAGAAUUUUACAGUAUUGUCAAAUAUAUCUUAAUUGGAAAUUAAUAAUGCGUGCAGUUACUGGAAAUAAUCAGAGAACGUGACACAUGAGAGAACAGAGAUCAAGUAUUGUCCUGAAAAAAAACAACUAUAUGAAAACUAUGUAAACAGCUGAAGAGUGAGUAGAAUUAUCAACAAGCUGUUAAGCCGGCAGAG